GCAUGACGCGAGGAGGAGGAAAGAGGAGGCAGGCCUAACAGGAGAUGCUUUUGUACGUUUCUACACACAUUGACACACUUCAGAAACCACGUUUCUGUGAGUCAGAGCGGACCUCGCGGUACCGCCGUACAACAGCCGAGCCCUGAUUUACGUGUUCUCCAAACGGUCGUUUUCACCUUCGAUACAGUAAAACAAAGCGUCCAGCUUUGUUGAGAUAGAGGAAGAAAUGUCAGGGUUGAAGAAACGGAGUUCGAAUGCAUCCGCGGACCGAGAUGAAGACGACAAGCAGGUGACGGAGAAGAUGCUCUCCGGCAGAGGUGGAAACGGCAGGCAGGCAGCUACGCCAGAAAGUCCGACAGCAGACAUCAGCACUGCGGAAGGAGAACAGACAGUCGAGCUCAAAAGAACUAUAACGCUUGUAAACGGCGUGGCCAUCAUUGUAGGCACCAUCAUCGGCUCGGGUAUCUUCGUGACACCCACCGGAGUGGUGAAAGAAGCCGGUUCGGUCGGGCUGUCGCUGGUCGUGUGGACCAUAUGCGGCGUGUUCUCCACCAUAGGCGCGCUGUGUUACGCCGAACUGGGGACCACCAUCACGAAGUCCGGCGGCGACUACGCUUACAUCCUUGAAGUUUACGGUUCCCUACCUGCGUUUCUGAAACUUUGGAUCGAGCUUCUCAUUAUCAGGCCGUCCUCGCAGUAUAUCGUUGCUUAUGUUUUCGCAACCUACCUCCUCAAGCCCAUCUUCCCGGUAUGCCCGGUCCCCGAGACGGGGGCUAAACUGGUCGCCUGUCUCUGCAUCCUGUUGUUGACUGCCAUUAACUGCUACAGUGUGAAAGCCGCCACAAGGGUCCAAGAUGCCUUCGCCGCUGCUAAGCUACUUGCUCUGGGCCUCAUCAUCAUUAUUGGCUUUGUGCAGAUUGGCAAAGGUGACACCGUUGAGCUUCUUCCCUCCAAUUCAUUCAAAGGAAGCAAUUCGGACUUUGGCCAGAUCGGAUUGGCUCUUUACAGUGGACUGUUUGCCUAUGGAGGAUGGAAUUAUUUGAAUUUCGUCACAGAGGAGAUGAUUGACCCAUACAGAAAUCUGCCCCUGGCCAUCAUCAUAUCCCUUCCUAUUGUCACCAUCGUCUAUGUUCUGACCAACUUGGCCUACUUCACCACGCUGAGUCCGGAUCAAAUGCUCUCAUCUGAAGCUGUUGCUGUGGACUUUGGCAACUACCACCUGGGGCCUAUGGCUUGGAUAAUCCCCGUGUUUGUGGGAUUGUCGUGCUUUGGUUCUGUGAAUGGGUCCCUUUUCACAUCAUCCAGGCUGUUCUUCGUGGGGUCCAGAGAAGGUCAUCUUCCCAGUUUGCUGUCGAUGAUCCAUCCUGACCUGAUGACUCCACUUCCAUCUCUGAUAUUUACUUGCAUCAUGACUCUACUGUACGCCUUCUCCAACGACAUAUUCUCCGUCAUCAACUUCUUCAGCUUCUUCAACUGGCUCUGCAUCGCCAUGGCGAUUCUCGGCAUGAUGUGGCUACGCUAUAAAAAGCCCGAGCUGGAACGUCCAAUUAAGGUGAAUAUUCUGCUGCCCGUUUCCUUUGUGUUGGCCUGCAUGUUCCUCAUUGUGGUGUCCAUCUGGAAAACACCUGUCGAGUGCGCAAUUGGAUUCGGCAUCAUCGCCACGGGAGUUCCGGUGUACUUCUUCGGCGUUUGUUGGAAGAGCAAACCCAAGUGGCUGUUGCAGUUGAUCUUCUCCUCCACGGCCAUGUGUCAGAAAAUGAUGGAGGUGGUACCUCAGGAAUCCUGAAGACCACACAGACUGACGGAUUCCCCCACGACGCACAAGUCUCCUCGUACCCGCCUAAGACCCCCUCACUGUAUUUCCCCUUUGUGUGAGACAGAAAAAAGUCUUAACCUGCUGACAUGGGCAAAAUCUGAAAGGAGGCAAGAGGCAUUUGGACUUCAAGAGUCCAUGAGCAUUUCAGUUUGGAUGUAGAUUUCAUCAGCCCUGAAUCAAGUGUAUCGUACUGUAUACAUUUUACAUUCUAUGACUUUCAAUCAGAAUUGUCCUGUUUCAAUUAAUUUUGUAUUUUAUUUGAGGUAUGUGUCAUAACGUUUUCGUGAUUGUUCAGUUGUGUGCGUGUUUGAGUGAUUGUUAGCUUCCUAUAUUGUGCUUUAAACUUUAGUUUCGGAUGGUAUGCGAGGAAGAACGUGGACCGGAACACCUGCCGGUAUUCUGUCGGAACGCACCGUUGUCUCUUAGCUCCUGUUCCCCUAUUUACAGACAAAUUUGCAUCUCGGAUCGUGUCAGCAAUGAAACAUUUUUUUGAUAUACAGUACAUGCAUAUUUCCUUUAUUCUACAGCUGGUUUGAUCCGUUUGCUGUGCCUUGUCUGUUGUGUUUUAUUUUUGAAGAUCUUGUUGAUACGACUUUAUACUUCAACAGAUUUAUUUUUGAUAGGUUCAAGCAGUGAUGCUUUUUUAUGCAGUUACUAAGAAUCCAGUCUUCUUAUUUUUAUUAUUGUGAAAGGCGUAUGCGUACAGUAUGAAGACAUUUUUCUGAAUACCUGUCAAGCCCAACAGUUACUGUUUCUGCCUUGUGUUACCUCAGUUAGAACCCGAUUGUAUAUUUUCAUGACUUAUAAUUUUAGGUAGCAGAUGUGCUGACAGUAGUAAAUAUACAUCAAGCACUUAACACUGGACCCUAGGACAUCUUUAGAUAAUUAACUGCUAUUUUAUUUCAUUCCUUUUGUAUUUACAUUUUUGAGUUUUCACACAAAACACAAUCAGUUGUCUGGUUGCUACAGACAUUUUUUUAAUAAACCGCAAAUAGCAGAUUUGCUAUAAAUUCUGGUAGUGUUGCCAGCUGGUUACAAUAGUUAGGUCUUUUUAUUGCACUUCAAUAAAUCAUCAGAAUCCCCCAAAGUUUGAUCUUUUAGUGCCUCGUCAGCUUACGGGGCGAUAAAUUGGACGGAUUUUGCUGUGAUAUACAUUUGUGUUUCAGUUUUGAAUGACCUUUGCUUGUGAGAGACGCAGUGUUUUGGGGUUAUCAAUGUUUUGCUAAACGGUAAAAAGAUUGUUGGUUAGCUUCUGGACCAAAAUCAUCUGUGUGCAUGUGAGAAUGAGAUGUUCGAGAAGGCUGAUGUGAGGAAAGUUUAGUGACUGGGAAGUUGGAGUUGCGGUCGGGGGAGUGAAGUAUUUUGGGUGAGCAUGGGGAGGUUCAGGAGGAAGAGAUAAAAUCAUCCUUUGAUAUUACGAAUACAGAAACAAUAUCAAGUUUCUGGUUGGAUGGACUUUGAAGAUCUGAGUUGAUCUACUUUAUUAUGAUUUUAGGUUAUGAAGCUUUGUAUCAUUUAGAAAACUACAGUAGUAUGACUAACAGCCAACAAGAACUAAUUUAAAUAGGCAUGUUGACAUUUACUGAUAUGUAUUUAUUUAUUGUUUGUAGGGUUACAUUGAGCUAGUGCUUUAAUAAUGUUAUAGAGCAUUUUUAAAAUGCUUAAUAUAAAUUGUUACUGAUUUUUUUAUGCUUUCGGAUUCUUUGUUGCAAGUCUGUAAGUGUUUUUUUGUAAGUGAUGGUUUGGUUUACCCUCUAUUGUUGCUUAUUAAUAUUUAAUGAAAGUGCAGAUGAGCUGAGUCUGCCCUCCACCGUAUAGAACCAGAUAACUGCACAAUGACAUCACAGCGACUGCUGUACAUAAAUUAACUAUACCUACAACAUUAUAACACUUCUGUACAUUUUUUUAUUAAAUGUUUAAUUUGACUUUAAAAAUUGAUUUAUUUUAAACAGGAAAUCCUGAAUAGAUAACGUUUUUCCUCAUAUGCAUUCCAGUUCUGCAGUGUGAAACUGGCACUCUAAUAAUCUUUUGCUCGCAAUGCAGUUACACCCACAGGGCCACUACAUUCCCGUGCGACACUUACCUAGCCUGUCAUCAGUUGGGUUUGACAGAAGAAUAUUUCUUGUGUAAUCUACAUGCCACAUACAGUCUGUAAACUGUAAGUACACUGUUCAACAAUCUCUCGACUUUUCUGUGAUUUAGGGACGAAAUACUCUAUAAACCUGUAAAGCAGUUCGUAAUUCAUGUUCUUCUGAUGUAAUGGUUAUACUGUAUGUCUACUGUAAAAAAACUCUUUGAUUUCAUUUUUUAGAAAAUAAACAUCUUUUGCUCUGAA